ACGAACUCAUCAGAUUGCAAACGGCACACGAAACCCGCAGUUCUCACCGAGCGCACUUCACUGCACAAAGCCUUCAGCUGAGAGCGAGUGAGAAGAGAGAGAGAGAGAGAGAGAGAGGCGUCGCCAGAGACCAGUUUUAUAUGAGGAUAUAGCCACUUCACUCCGGUCCAGAGGAGAAAAGGAGCCCACAGAAAUCAGAAGACAACACUUCAAAAGGAGCAUUAGGAUGAGUCGCUGCACAGCCGCGCUACUUCUGUUGGUCAUCGCAAUCUACUCCCUCAACACAGAAGCAUACAAAUGCAGGUGCACAAGAAAAGGCCCCAAGAUCCGCUACAAGGACGUGCAGAAGCUGGAGAUCAAACCAAAACACCCCUUCUGCCAGGAGAAGAUGAUAUUUGUGACCAUGGAGAAUGUGGCCCGCUUCAAAGGCCAGGAAUACUGCCUGCACCCCAGGCUCCAGAGCACCAAAAACCUGGUCAAGUGGUUCAGGAUCUGGAAGGACAAGCACAGGGUGUAUGAGUCCUGAGAUCUUUGGUGACCUGUUGAGCAGUGGCAGAGGGAUUGGGGACUAGCGGUGUCCUAGUUUGUUCCCGGUGACACACACAAACCACAUCUCCGAGCGGCCGCUGCGGUCCCAGGGCAUGGGCAAGAGUUACCAAUCCAUUCAUUUUCCUUCCUUUGGCGACCACCACGGCAGGGUGACUUUCAUCCAGUGUAAAUUCAGCUGAAUAUCUCCACGUUCACCUCCUUCCUCGGGCUCAAGGCUACAGCCACCUAUUUCCUGUGUGUAAGUGUGUAUGAGGGUGGUGUGUGCGUUGCUGCUUUGUCAAGCUAAACACGGGAAGACCCUGGUAAGUCUGCUCCGUAGUGUGUGUUUGGUGUAGGAGAUGGUUAGCCCCUUUGGACUGCAUCUCUAUUCUUGGACCGUAACAGUUUGUCUCUUAGCAUGUAAAGGGUCCCGUGAUUCAUAUAACCAUUCGGGGGAGGGGUGGGGGGGGGGGGGGGGGGGUACUGUGUACUAGGGUACUUGCCUGAAGUAUCAAAAAGAUAUGUUGAAAUUGGAUUAGAAAUCAUUAUUAAACUAUUCAGCUUCA